UUGAGAGGAAAAACAAAAACAACAAAUUUUGUUCUCUCCUUACAUAGAAACUCAAAUACUAAUUUGGAAAAUGAAGAUUCGCUUCGUUGCCACUGCCAAAAUCACUACAAUCCAACCAAACAAACCAACUCAUCUCUCUAAUUUCAGUUAACACUCACUUUAAUAUAAAACAACCUAAGCAACCCCCAUUUUUUUCUCUCUGUGUGCACUGUAAUAGCUUACCUUCAGCAAUGGCUGCCACUUUGUUUUCACAAUCUUCUGUGAUAAUUCAAUCAAAAUCUUCAUUUUCUUUGAAAACCCACCAAAACCCUUCUUUAUUUCGAUCUUCUUCGCUCUCUUUUUCAUCAAGGCUGAGUUUAUUUUCCAAGAGGAGUAAUGGGUUCGUUUCAAUGGCGGUUAAAGAAUCGAAUUCGGCACCCGGGUCCACGGUGGGGUUCAAUAGUAGGGAGAUGAAGAAUCCUGUCAUUGUUAUUGACAAUUAUGAUAGCUUCACUUAUAAUCUUUGUCAGUACAUGGGAGAGUUAGGAUGCCAUUUUGAGGUUUAUCGGAAUGAUGAAUUAACUGUGGAGGAGUUAAAAAGGAAAAAUCCAAGAGGGGUGCUUAUCUCCCCUGGGCCAGGUGAACCGCAAGAUUCUGGGAUAUCACUACAAACUGUUUUAGAGCUCGGGCCUUUAGUGCCUUUAUUUGGUGUGUGUAUGGGACUGCAGUGCAUUGGAGAGGCUUUUGGAGGAAAGAUUGUGCGUUCUCCUAAUGGUGUCAUGCACGGGAAACGUUCACCUGUUUAUUAUGAUGAGAAAGGGGAAGAUGGAUUGUUUACUGGUUUACCAAACCCUUUCACUGCUGGAAGAUACCACAGCCUUGUGAUUGAAAAUGAUAGUUUCCCUAGUGAAGAACUUGAGAUUACAGCAUGGACGGAAGAUGGACUGAUAAUGGCUGCUCGCCACAAAAAAUAUAAGCAUCUACAAGGUGUGCAGUUUCAUCCUGAAAGCAUUAUUACAUCGGAAGGCAUGACGAUCGUUCGCAAUUUCAUCAAACUAGUUGAGCGAAAAGAGGCCGAAUCUAAGAACUAGUCAGUCUAUAAGCGGAAAUAUACAUAGGGCGUAGGGAAGCAUCUCGACUGGUACUUCUGUUUUUUUUUUACAAAGUUUAGAAUGUUGUUGUCAUUUGUAUGUACAAUGGUAGUUGACAAUAAAUUUGGUUAUUGCCUACUCUCUGUGUCAUUGUCAUUGAUGAUGUCUUAGGAAAAUGGUAGUGGCUACCGAUCACAUGAGCAUUAUUAUACACAUAAACACAAAGGCAUAGUUAAGUUUAUACAGGAUCAUUGUAUUUCAACUUCAUUUUCUGAUAAUUCUCAUGUUUUACAUAUAUUUUAA